AUGGCCUCCAUUGCAGCAUCAUAUUUGAUUCCAAGAACCCGCCGUGGUUUAACGUGGGGACGUAACUCCUCCGUCGUGAUCGCCACCGCCGGUGGCAGCCGCAGCUCCCUACGUAGCGUAGACUUGGUAAAUGGAAAGAAGGUAAAUGGGGUCCACAUCCCGGGCGAAAAAAAGGGAUCUUUAUUCAUGGAAGAACCACACGUUGAAGGCAAUAAGCCUCUCCAUGAUUGUCUUCUCGGAAGGUUCGUGGAACAAAACUUCGUUUAUGGCCAAACCUUCAUCAUUAGGUCCUACGAAAUCGGACCCGAUAAAACCGCCACCAUGGAAACCCUCAUGAACCUUCUUCAGGAAACGGCCCUGAAUCAUGUAACGUGUUCAGGGCUGGCCGGGAAUGACUUCGGGGCCACACGGGAAAUGAGCCUCCGGAAAUUGAUUUGGGUUGUGACACGGGUUCAUGUCCAAGUUCAAAGAUAUAGCUGCUGGGGAGAUGUGGUUGAGAUAGACACAUGGGUUGAUGCAGCCGGCAAAAAUGGGAUGCGGCGUGAUUGGAUCAUAAGGGAUUAUCAUACUCGAGAGAUUAUUACAAGAGCCACCAGUACAUGGGUUAUAAUGAAUAGAGAAACAAGAAGGUUGUCGAAAAUACCCGACCAAGUACGAGAAGAGUUGACGCCGUUUUACCUUAAUAGAAUUGCCAUCCCUACUGACAAAAACGACAGUGACAAGAUUGACAAGCUUACUGAUGAAACUGCCGACAGAAUCCGGUCAGGCUUAGCUCCGAGAUGGAACGACAUGGAUGCGAACCAGCACGUGAACAACGUUAAAUACAUAGGUUGGAUUCUGGAGAGUGUACCAAUAAACGUGCUGGAAGAUUAUGAUUUAACGAGCAUGACAUUGGAGUAUCGAAGAGAGUGCAGGCAGUCCAAUCUGCUGGAGUCCUUGACAAACACCACCACCGCCGCCGCCGCCGCCGCCGCCAGUGCUGCAAUAGAAGAGCCUCCCAAGAACAACCUCCAAUACACCCACCUCCUUCGCAUGCAACCCAACAAGGCUGAAAUUGUAAGAGCUAGAACUCAGUGGAACUCCAAGCCCAAACGUUACUAAACACAAUGCCCCAACAUCAUAUCAAUUUCUCAUCUAUUGUUUUGUACAACUAUUUGUUCGUUUGUC